AUGACAGACGACGAUAUAUUAAUCGAUUUGGAAAAUUUCAAUGAUGCUAUGGUUCAUUUUAAAGAAGCAGUUGAUGGAAGAGAUUUAGAACGUAUGCCAACAAUUUUAAAUCAAUUACUUACAAUUCUUAAACAUAUUAUUGAAACUUAUCAAUUAAUUGAUUCAAUUGAUGUACUGGAAUAUGCUGCAAAAUUAAUUCAUCUCUUACAAGAUGUUCAUUCAUCUGAAAAUACAAAUUACAAUUUUGAACCAUUUUCACAUGUCAUUGAUCAACUCGCACUUUCUCUAACAGCGAGAAUAUCAAAUCGUUUCGUUGUUCCAUCAUCAAAUUCUGAUACAAUAGAUCCUAAUAAUAAAAGUGAUAGUAUUAAUUCAAACCGAGAACUUGAUGUUAUACUUGAAAUACUUAUGAAACGUACUGAUGGUGUUGAUAUAGCACAUGAACAUGCAAAAUAUUUAUCAAAAUAUAUGUUUUCAUUAAUGCAUCAUGUACAAGAACGAUCUACUGAAGAAAUUGAACAUGCUGAACGAACAUCAAAAAUAGUUAAUAAUUGUUCAUUAUCAUCAUUUUUAACAACAUAUCGUUUUUUACCUGGAAUUGAUUUAAUGAUAAAAACAUUAAAAAAAGAUGCAACACAUCAUACAAAUAUACAAUCAACAUGGAUGCUUUUACAAACACAUGAAUUUGUUGGAAAACUUGAUUCUUGGCGAACAUAUCAUGAUAAUGUACGAAAAACAGUUAAAAUUCAAUGGGAAAAAUGUUUAAAAAGAUUUCAACAAACAUCACAAACAUUAGAAGAAGCUCGUUUAAAUUCGAAAUCAGUCAUGCAUCUUCCAACAUCUUCAUCAUCAUCAUCAACAUCGUCAGAUGCUAUUACACAUUCAGCAAAUCUUUCAGUGCUAUUACCACAUAGUUCUCUUCAACGUACAGCAUCAUCACCACCAAAUAUGCAUAUGACUCCAAUGGCAAAUUCUUCUUUUUCAACAAAUGAAACAAAUAUACAAUUAGUUUUAAAUGAUUUUGAUUUAAAACGAAAAGAACUUCAAGAAACAAAAUAUGAAACAUUAACUAUACUUAAUAAACUUAUUAAUAAUACAGAAAAUUUAAUAAUUGAUUCAUUAAAUACAUAUUUUCGUUUCACUGAUUCUUUAACACAUUCAUCAUCAACAUAUAUUCCAAGAUCAAAAAAUGAUUUAACAUCAUCAUAUAGUGCUUAUAUUCAUUCAUUACCACCUUGUACUAUUCAAGAAAAUUCUUUACCAAUAAAUGAUAAUUCAAUACGACAAAUACCAAAUAUUAUUAAAAUUUGUUGUCAAUGUAUUGAACAACAUGAAGGACAUAAAUUAAAAGGUAUUUAUCGUUUAUCAGGUGUUAAAUCAAAAGUUGAUCAUUUAUGUCAACAAUUUGUACAAGGUGUUGAAUUAAAUGAAAAUGAUUUAAUAAAUAAUUAUUCACCUAUUGUAUUAGCUAAUGCAAUAAAAAAAUAUUUACGUGAAUUACCUGUACCAUUAUUAUUAAUUGUUGAAUCACCAUAUUCAGCAACAAUAAUUCAACAUGAAUUAAUGAAUAUUGGAAAAGAAAUUUAUAUGACAUCAAAUCAAAUAUCAACACGUAUAAAUGAACAUUUACGUGAAAUAAUUGAACAAAAAAUUUCAAAAUAUGCUAGACAAGCUUUAAUUUAUUUACUUAAACAUUUACAUUUAGUAUCAUUAAGUGAACAAGAAAAUCAAAUGUCAGCAGUUAAUUUAGGCAUUGUUUUUGGACCGACACUUUUUAAAUCUCAACAACGAGCGGAAGAGGACACAACACUUUCAACAUUACUUGAAGCACCUUAUCAGGCAAAAUUAGUCGAAUAUUUAAUUGUCAAUGUACAUGAUCUUUUUAAUUCAGACAUCUAG